CUACGUGGGUUUGGAUUUCCAGACUCAAGCUCUGCAACAUGGUAAAAUUGAUAUUUCUUGGGAUGAGGAUGAGCCUGGACGCAAGACCUUGAAACGGAAAUUCACUGAUGAUCAGCUUUCUGAAUUGGAACUGAAGGAGUAUUUGGCUUCUGAUGAGAGUGAAAGUGAUUGGGAGGAGAAUGACGAUGCUGCAGAGGACAAGACCGAUAAAAAGAGUAAAAAAUGAGAUAUGUACCGUGCGUUACUCCUGUCUGGAGAUGGAGAAGGGGAAGGAGAUGGAGAUGCAUCAGAAGGAGACGGUGCAGACAAUGACCAGGAUAUGGAGAUCACUUUUAAUACUGGCGUAGAAGAUAUAAGCAAGCGCAUCCUAGAAAAGAAAGAUAAGGGAUCAGAAACAGUUUGGGAGUCCUAUCUCAGAAAAAGACGUGAGAAAAGGAAGAAUAGGAAAAAUAAAUCGGAGGACUCAUCAGAGGAUGAGGGUAGUGACACUGAUCAAGAGGCAGCAGAGGGACCAGAUGAUUUCUUUAUGGAAGAGCCUUCAGUCAAAAAAACUAAAAAAGUAUCCCAAGGUAAAAGUAAAAAGGAUGAAAAGCAACAGCAAGAUGAUAGGGAAGCAGAAGCAAGCAGAAAUGAGCUCGAGCUAUUACUUGCUGAUGACAAUGGAGCAGAUGCAGGGCCAAAGGGCUACAAUUUGAAACGUAAAAAGACCAAGGGAAAGAAGGGUACAGAGGUUCUAGAAGAGGAUAAAUUACCAACCGUUGACUUUGAAGAUCCACGGUUUUCAGCACUCUUCACCUCACCACGCUUUGCUCUGGAUCGACAGAUCCGCAGUUCAAGAGGUAUCUCCCUCGAGAGUGCAGCUUAUGCUCGGCAGGUAGCACUGAGACAGUCAGAGGGUGGCCGAGAAGAAGUGCCAGAAAAGGAAAUGAAAUCCGAUGUUUCACCAUCAAAGAUAGAUAAAUCAUCAUUAAUUAAAUCGAUCAUGAUGAAGUCCCAGACCUUCCAAGGUACGACGCCAAACAAGAAGAAAAUUUGA